UACCGGGAGAAAAAUAUCAAUUAUCUGCUUCAGAUCGAAACAGAUAUCAUUCAUCUCCAUGGAUUCGAAGAAGUCUAACAAAAUCAGAGAGAUUGUUAGGCUUCGGCAGAUCCUCAAGAAGUGGAGAAAGCUUGCCAACACGUCAAAAGCCACGAGCAGCAGCAGCAGCAGCAAGAGUAUGAAGUUUCUCAAAAGAACACUUUCUUUGUCAGAUAACAGCUCUACUCGGGAAGCCUCCGCCAUUAAUGGAGUCCCGAAAGGCUAUCUCGCCGUUUGUGUUGGAGAAGAGCUAAAGAGAUUUGUAAUACCGACCGAGUGUUUGGGUCACCCUGCAUUUCACGUUUUACUUAGAGAAGCGGAGGAGGAGUUUGGGUUUGAACAGACGGGUGUUUUGAAGAUUCCUUGUGAAGUUCCUGUUUUCGAGAAUAUUUUGAAGAUGGUGGAGGAAAAGAAGGACGUGUUCUUCAUGCAGGAAUGUAGGUUUGGACAGCUUCCUCAUUCUCACCAUCCACAGAGUCCAAUGUGCAGAUGAUAACUUUUGAAAUUUUCAGUUUUCUUUUUUUGACGACACCUGUUCAUGUCGUUUCUUUAGAGGAGGGAGGUCAUGUUUCAGAGUGAGAAAGAAGGAGGGGGAGAUUUUAAUAAGUUGUAACAGUAAGUUAUUAGCUAUUUGAAUAUUAUUAGUGAA